CGACUCAAACCACAUGAAAGCAAUCCCCACACCGCUAGAGCUGCAGCUUCCCUCGCUGCUUCCACCGGCGUCAAACCCCCAAUUAUUGCCCCGGUGACGCGACGUACGGCGGGCGGCGGAGUGCAGACGGACGUACGGCGGCGUUGACGGAGAUCGGAGCUGAGUCGAGGCGGGCGGCGGAGUGCCAGAUGGCGACGGCUCUCGGCCCGGCGGCCACGCUCCUCGGCAAGGUGUUCACGAUGCUGUCCUCCGUCCCGGUGGCGGCGUACGUGGACAGCCUCGAGCUCGGCCACAACUCCCAGCAGAUCAAGGCCAAGCUCGCGCACACGCGAGGCCUGCUGCACAAGGCCAAGGUGAGCGACGUCGGCCACAACCCCGGACUGCAGGACCUGCUACCGGCGCUGAGCAGGAACGCCGACCAGGCGGAGGACCUGCUGGAUGAGCUCCACUACUUCCAGAUCCAUGACAGGCUCCACGGCACCAGCUACGCCACCACCCAGGCCAAUUUUCUCCGUCAUGGUCGCAAUGCUCUCCGCCAAACUGCCACUAGCAGCUGGGCCGCAUGCUUUUCUUGUUCCUCUGCACAAGAUGAUAGUGGCGAUGAUGCUGAUCAUGGUGAUGACUUACGUUUCCACCCAGUGAUCUUCUCUAGGAAAAUCAAGUCGGUGUUACAGGACAUGCAGACCCACUGUGAUUCCGUCUCCGAUUUGCUUGGCAAUAUCCCAAGCAACAGCAUGGCAGCCGCCCUACACCGGCCACAGAUUGGAUCCACAAUUAUACAGGAUACAUUGUAUGGCAGGAGAGACACUUUUGAGGAAACUGUCAACCGUAUCAUCAGCUGCAAACAGACUGUUUCUGUUCUUCCUAUAGUUGGUCCAGGGGGUAUUGGAAAAACAACUUUCACCCAACACCUCUAUAAUGAUGCAAGGCUGUAUGGUGAUACUAGGGGAGCUGGAAAUCACUUUGAAGUCAGGGUCUGGGUAUGUGCGUCGACUGAUUUCGAUGUGCUUAAGCUCACCAGGGAGAUCCUUGGCUGCAUACCAGCAACUGAACAAGAAGGAAGCAACUGUGUUGCAAAUGAAACAAGCAAUUUAGACCAGCUUCAGAAAUCCAUAGCACACCGUCUCAAGUCCAAAAGGUUUCUAAUUGUCUUGGAUGAUAUAUGGAAAUGCGACGGCGAGGAUCAGUGGAAGACCCUGCUAGCUCCGUUCACAAAGGGGGAAACCAAAGGAAGCAUGGUACUUGUCACAACUCGAUUCCCAAAGGUAGCAGACAUGGUGAAAACAGUUGAUCCACUAGAGCUGCGAGGUUUGGAGUCUAAGGACUUCUUCGCGUUCUUUGAAGCAUGUAUAUUUGGUGAUCACAAGCCUGAGGAUUAUGAAUAUCAGUUAGCUGGUAUUGGAGGAAAAAUUGCAAAUAAGCUAAAGGGUUCCCCACUAGCAGCCAAAACAGUUGGCAGACUAUUGCACAAGGACCUUUCUCAGGAACAUUGGAAUGGAGUUCUUAAAAAGCAUGAGUGGCUGAAGCGCCAAAAUAAUGAUGAGAUCAUGCCAUCUUUAAAAAUUAGCUACGAUUACCUCCCUUCUGAUCUGAAGGAAUGCUUUUCAUACUUUGGCCUUUAUCCUGAAGAUCAUCGGUUUGAUAAUUCAGAAAUGAACCGCCUUCUUGUUGCAGUUGGCAUCACAGAAUCUACUCAGGAAGUUGACAGGAAUUACUUGGAGGAACUAGUGGACAACGGUUUUCUCAUGAAGCAAUCUGAUUAUCAUGGUCGAUACUACUAUGUAUUGCAUGAUUUAAUGCAUGAGCUAUGUCGGAGUGUUUCUGCACAAGAAUGCCUCAGUAUAAGUGGCUCACAUUCCAGAGCUGAUGCGAUUCCACAGUCAGUUCGACACUUAUCCAUCACCAUAGAAGAGAGAUAUGGUACAAAUUUUGAGGAAGAAAUGUGUAAACUAAGGGGGAGGAUAGACAUUGCUAGUCUGCGGACCUUGAUGAUUUUUGGAAUAUAUGAAAAAGGAAUCGCCGGAAGAUAUGAAAAAAGAAUCGCCAAGCUUUUGAAAGAUUGCUUCAAGCAAAUAAAUAGUCUGCGUGUCCUAUUCAUAGCAGUGAACUCUCCAGAAUGUUUUCCACAUAGGUUUUCAAAACUUAUCCACCUCCAGUACCUCAAAAUCAGUUCAUCUUACAACUCUGAAAUGUGUUUACCUAGUACACUAUCAAGAUUUUAUCACUUGGAAUUCUUGGACCUAGAUGAUUGGCAUGGUAGUUCUGAUUUGCCUGAAGACUUUAGCCACCUUGAGAAUUUACAUGAUUUCCGUGCUAAAAGUGAACUCCACUCCAAUAUUCGGAAUGUUGGAAAAAUCGAGCAUCUGCGGAGGCUAAAAGAAUUCCGUGUUAAGAAGGAGAGUGUGGGAUUUGAACUGAGAGAACUUGGGGCACUCACAGAGCUUGAAGAAGAACUGAUUAUACAUGGUCUUGAACACGUGGAGACCAAGGAGGAAGCCGCUGCAGCCAAACUGAUGUUGAAAACGAAUCUGAAGGAGUUGAAAUUGCUCUGGGACAGAGAUCGGGUAACUAUGGAUGCUGAUAUUCUUGGUGCUCUUCAACCACACUCUAAUCUUAGAGUGCUAACAAUCACAAAUCCUAGUUGUACCAUUGGUCCUAGUUGGUUGUGUCCUGGUAUGUGGCUAACAAGUUUAGAGACUCUCACUCUAGAAGGCGUAUCUUGGAACACACUUCCACCUUUUGGGAAGCUACCAAAUCUCAAGGUACUCACUUUGAAGAGAAUUUCUGGAAUGCGUCAGUUUGGGCCUCGCUGUGGUGGCGCUCCAGGCAAAUGUUUUAUGCGCUUGAAGGAAGUUGGGUUUCAUGAGAUGUCGGAAUUUGCUGAAUGGGUUGUGGAACCUAAUUGUCGUUCCUUUCCAAGUCUUGAAAGAAUCGAAUGUGUUGAGUGUCCCAAUCUCCAUGUGAUGCCAUUCUCGGAGGUGUUUUGGACCAAUUUGCGCAAACUUCGAGUUUCUGGGUGCCCCAUGAUGUCUCUGCCCUCCAUGCCUCACACCUCCACACUGACUGAUUUGGUUGUUAAAAGAGGUGAUUCAGAAAGUUUGGGUUACCAUGAAAAGAAUUUGGUUGUUAGUGGGUACAGCGGUGCUUUGGUCUUCCACAAUCUGGAUAAAGUAGAACAUAUGACUAUUGAAGAUGUAUCACACAUUUCCUUGACAGAUAUUGAUAAGCUUAAAACCAUAACAACACUAGAUAUCAGGAAAUGUGACGGUUUAUUCCCCGAAGAGGUUGAUGACAGCAUUGUCUUCCAUUCAGUUACAACCCUCACCUUACAUGUAUCUCAUCUUAACAGAAAAUCAGCGUCAAAAGUGUUAAACUAUUUUCCGGCUCUUUCUAUGUUGAAGAUAAAGAGUGGUUGCCCUGAAUAUAAGGAGGAAUGUGUGACGCAGUUCCCCUCAUCCAGCUCACUGCAGAAACUUAGCUUUACAUCCUGCAACAGCCUGGUUCUUGUGCCAGUGGAGAAUGGAGGAAGAAUUCAAGAGGACAACUCGUUGCUUCCCUGUGGAGAAUCGAUGAUGAGUUUAAGAAUAUUGAUUUGUGGCAAACUCUUCUCUCAAUGGCCCAUGGGAGAAGCUCAGAUAAUCUACCCUUUCCCUGCUUCCCUGAGGGAACUUGAUGUUUACAAAGAGCCAAGCAUGAAGUCAAUGGCUCUGCUCUCAAACCUCACGUCCCUCACCAGUCUAAAGCUAGUACAUUGUAGUAAUUUAACAGUGGACGGAUUCAAUCCUCUCAUCACAGUCAACCUCAGGGUUUUGGAUGCUAGCUUCAGCAACACCUUAGCAGCAGAUCUGCUCUCAGAGGUGGCCAGGACCAAAUUAUUGCCUGCAAGUUACAUCUCUAGAUUGGAGGUACUCACGGUGGAUGACAUCUCUGGAUUGCUUGUUGCUCCUAUUUGCAAUCUCCUCGCUCCGGCCCUCCACACACUUAAAUUCGAUACUGAUAUGAGGGCGGAAAGCUUCACGGAGGAGCAGGAGAAAGCGCUGCAGCUCCUGACCUCCCUCCAGAAUCUAACAUUUUAUCAUUGCGAUGGUCUGCAGUCGCUUCCUCAAGGGUUGCAUCGCCUUUCUUCCCUCAAGGAGUUACGUGUGGAUUGGUGUUCAAAAAUCCAAUCGAUGCCCAAGGAGGGCUUCCCAGUUUCGCUGAGAUACUUACGUAUAUGGCCGCGCAGUGCUGAGAUAGACGAGCUAAUCGAGAAAAUCGAAAGAACAAGCUCAGAUUUAGUUGCAACCGAUGAACCACCUAUAAUGCCUCGCGCCGCUGAGAUUCUACAUCACCUUUUCUUAUAGGAUGACGUAUAAGGCCGACAUAUAAGGCCUCACAGUGCUGUUAGCUUUUGUGUUGUGUCCCAGACUACAUCACCUUUACUUCUGGGAUGGCAUAUUACUGCGUUACAGCUAGCAUAGAGCGGCUGAAUGCUAAGGUGAUACCAGAUGGACCUAGAGAAGUGCAAGCAUGCUUGGAAAUAACGGAAUUGUGGGAUUUGAAGCGCCUGGAGUGUGAAAUAGUGGGAUUUUCACCAUAUCUCCUGCUUCUUCUCGCACCUGGAAGCAGGGCUGCCGGGCACUGUAACAAUGUGUGCAUAAUAAGUUGUGAAUCCUUUAACUUAAAAAAAUAAAUUCUGAAUCCUUUCAGCAAUGCAAGGAUUGCUAUAUGCAUCUGCAUCUGCGGACAUGUCACUUGCGGAUCAGGGUGUUUUCUUGUCGUUGGAACUGAGGCUGGAUUCUUCUGCUCUUUUUUCGCAAAAAGCAGCAGAACUGAACAUGCCAAUACAUUUGGUAUCAUUCACACGCAGGGAAGUGGAGGAUGUUGCUUUGUAAAGGGCCGCCCUUCAAGCACCUGAUGUAACUCUUGGGAACUUUGGAAGGAGAGGAAUACUAGGAUCUUUCGAAAUGUCUCUACGCCUUCGAUGAUAAUUGUGGACAAGAUCUUGGAUGAAGCCAGAUUAUGGGUGUUGGCAGGUGCCAAGGACUUGAUGUAAUUUUACCCCGCGAGUAGUUGCUUUAUCUUUGCCAGUUUAUGGCUGUUGUCUUCGGACACUGUUACAACUCCUUCUUAAUUAAUGAAAUGGCAAGUCUUUUGCCUCAUUUAAAAAAAAAACUCUUGAUUGCAGUCCGAGUAGUGAAUUUCACAGUUGAUUCAGGGUAUAACUCUUGUAUCCAAGCAAAUAAACAUGAAUGAAGCAUUUGUCUUGGCAUGCUUAAAGGUCAGUAGGUCACACCUUGUUGUCACAUUUCGAUUUUCCCUAGUAAUGC